AUGGACACAACCAUGUAUGUGGAGUACAGGGUCUUAAUGGACAGAAACCUCACUUUACAAGCCAACUGCACACAACAGGUCACCACUGAUAUUCACUGGACCUCCUCCCAGAAUCCUCAGCAUUACAUCAUCAGCCUCUUCCUCUCCGGGUUAUACACUUUCAUCCUGUUCCCCAUUGGCAUCGUUGGGAACAUCCUGAUCCUGGUGGUCAACCUGGACCACAAAGGUCGCCUGACGGGACCAGACCUAUACUUUGUGAACCUGGCUGUGGCCGACCUGAGUCUGGUGGCUGACUCUCUGAUUGAGGUGUUUAACCUAAAACAGGGAUACUACAACAACGCCGGCCUCUGCACCUUCAUGAACCUGUUCCAGCAGGUCAACAUGUACAGCAGCGUCUUCUUCCUGACCUGGAUGAGCUUCGACCGCUUCGUCGCACUGACCAACAUAAUCGGCCGCAGCAUGUCAAUCGCCCGCCUCAGCUGCUGCCUCAUUUGGGUCUUGUCAUCUCUGCUCACCCUACUACCUUUUGCUGUAACCCAAGUCCAGCAUGCAGGGGAAUUGCACUUUUGCUUUGCCAAUGUGACCCAAAUUCUGUGGCUGGAGGUGAUGAUGGGGUUCCUGGUGCCCUUCUGCAUCCUGGGAGUAUGCUACUGGAAAAUAGCACAGGUGCUGAGACAAAAGGAACAAGACAACCCACAGCUAAAGCCUCGAAGGCAGAAAGCCCUGCGAAUGAUCUCAGCAGCCGUUUUGGUCUUCUUCCUCUGCUGGCUCCCAGAAAACAUCUUCAUAAGUGUCCACCUCCUGAGGGGAGACUCAGACAGCGGGACACUGUGGCAGGAUUACCCCCUGACAGGACACACCAUCAGGCUUGCUGCUUUCUCCAACAGCUGCCUGAACCCGCUCAUCUAUGGCUUCCUCGGGGGAACAUUUCAGAAAAAACUGAAGCUAUUCCUCCAGAAAAACAGCAAAUGCUCCAGGGUGCAUGGGUGAGUUUCAGAAAAAUCCAUAUAUGUACCAGCUACACAAACAUGCUUCCACACAAAAUGUAAAACGCUAAACCAGUCUAAGCUCCAACAGCUGCCAUGAAGCAAAUGGACUACAUUAAGACUAAUCAGACACGUUGCAUCAAAGAUGAGAAGAAAAUUACAUUUGACUGGAUUGCAGAUGGACCUUAAUGUGUACAUAACACUCUUGAUGACUACUAAUAAACAAGCAGCAACUCACCUCA